UAUAUGUAUAUAGAGUGCGGCUGCAACAAAAAAUGCAUUAUGCAACAAUGGCCUUAAUAAGCCUUUCAGAAAUCUUUCUAGCAGUUAUAAUCUUUGUCAUUCUUCGUUCUCUCUCGAGUACCAAGGGCCAACCCAUAAAUUGGCCGAUCCUCGGAAUGCUGCCGGAUACAAUCUCAAACAUCCACCAAGCUCAUGAUAGGAUCACACAAGUUCUAGAGCAAAAUGGUCUCACAUUUUCGUACAAAGGUCCUUGGUUUUCCAGUGUUAAGUUUUUAGGCACAGUGGAACCAUUAAACAUCCACUAUAUAUUGAGCUCCAAUUUCACAAAUUUUCCGAAAGGGCCUGAAUUCUCCAAGAUAUUCAGCAUCAUGGGCGAUGGAAUCUUCAAUUCGAAUGAUGAUUCAUGGAAGAACCAAAGGAAACUUGCUCAAGCAUUGAUUCAUCACCCGCGAUUUCACCACUUCUCAAUGAAAACAUGUCAAAAUAUGAUGGAGAAAGGGCUUGCUCCAGUUCUUGAGCACGUCGCUGAUCGAGGAUCUAUCGUCGACUUACAAGAUUUGUUUCAAAGGUUUACAUUUGAUAUUACAUGCGUAUUGGUGACAGGCUAUAAUCCGAAAUGCCUAUCCAUCGACUUUCCAGAUGUAGAGUUCUCCAAGGCCAUACACGAUGCUGAAGAAGCAAUGUUUUAUCGGCACUUCUUCCCUGAAUUUUCGUGGAAGUUACAAAGGUGGCUGCGGUUUGGUCCAGAAUGGAGAAUGCAAAAAGCUUGGGAAGUUCUUGACGACGUAGCAACCCAAUGCAUAUCAAGAAAACGAGAACAACUAAAGAAACAGCUUGAUCCCGAAGAUGGAGAAGGCGUUGAUUUGCUAACAUCAUACAUGAGCAACAAUGCCGAAAUUAACAGCGCAAAAUUAGACGAUAAGUUCCUAAGAGAUGUCAUUAUAAAUUUCUUGAUAGCUGGAAGAGACACGACUAGUUCUGCACUAACAUGGUUUUUCUGGCUUGUUUUCAAGAAUCCACAAGUAGUAUCCAAGAUAAGAGAAGAAAUCAACGCAAAAAUACCCGAAAACUGUUCCAUAUUCGAACCGAAAGAGCUAAACGGUCUAGUUUAUCUUCAUGGAGCUUUAUGUGAAUCAUUAAGGCUAUACCCACCAGUUCCAUUCCAGCACAAAGCUCCUAUUCGAGAAGAUGUUCUUCCGAGUGGGCAUAAAGUCAAACCGAAUACUAAAAUUAUGUUUUCGUUAUAUUCAAUGGGGAGAAUGAGAUCAAUUUGGGGAGAAGAUUGUUUAGAAUUCAAGCCAGAGAGAUGGAUUAGUGAAGGAGGGAAGAUAAAACACGAACCAUCAUACAAAUUCUUAGCAUUUAAUGCAGGACCAAGGACUUGUUUAGGAAAAGAAAUCGCAUUCUCUCAAAUGAAGGCAGUUGCAGCUUCCAUCAUCAACUCUUACAAUAUUGAUUUAGUGGAAGGACAUCAUGUGUCCCCAGCAAGUAACUCCAUCAUUCUUCACAUGAAGCAGGGCUUAAAAGUUAGGGUUACCAGGAAACCGAUUUGAAUAUUUUUACUUUGAAAUUUAAGUCCCCAUCUAUUGUUUCUUUCAAACUUGUGCAAGAGUGUUGAUUAUUUGUUUUCUUUUGUUUUAUGAUUUGUUUUUUUAAUAAAUCAACUCUAGUUAGAACUUGAAACUCUAUAAUUGUGAUAAUCAGUCACAUAUUAAUUGAUUUACAUUCGAUAA